AUGAAAGAAGGAGAUGUGGAUAAAAGGGGCUUGAAUCCAAAUCCCAAGAAAAUUAACAAUGAAAAUGUAGUAGAGCAUGUCGAAUCAUUUCAUCCUACGAUAUCGCAUUAUAGACGUGAGCAUGCUCCCAAUGUAAGGUACUUGUCUUCAGAUAUUACAGUGCGAGCAAUGUAUAGUGAUUAUUGUGAGACCCACUGCACUGACCAGGAGAAACUGAUCUCAUACGAAUACUACCGUAAGAUCGUCAAAGAUCGCAAUAUAUCUUUUGCUAAAUUAGGUCACGAGGAAUGUGAAUUAUGUCAAAAAUUCUUGAUUCAUAAUCCUAGAACUGAUCUACGUCACCGAAAUUGUGAGGAAUGUAAAAAUUAUGAGAUUCACCACGAAAAGUACAUUUUGGCUCGAGCCGAGUACCAGCGUAAUGUUGACGUACAAAAUAAUAUGAAAGCUGGGGCUCCUCCUCGUCCCAUUAAAAUGGCAAUGAAGUCUAAGAAUGAUGCUAUUGAGAUACUUCGUAACAAAACUAAACUGGAUAAACCGUCAAUUAUUAAAUCAGACCAAACUACCAUGCAACGCGAGUACUUAAAAUACCUCCGUGAUGAAUUAGAGAAACGUACUAAUAAUGGAGAACAAGGCUUGACUAUCAAGCAGCAAAUCACCUCUAAAGUUAGUACACCAAAAAUUUUACGGAACAGUAAUGGGCAAUCUGUGACACGUUCUAAAGACAUAGCGGAAGUAUUUGCAGAACAUUUUUCUAAUGUAUUUGAAAGAGAACCACUAGAAGAACUUCCUGCGCUUGACCCAAACCUAAGAGCAACUGAAGUUAUAGAGGCCAUCAUGUUCACAGAAUCCAAAGUACAAGCUGCUAUCAAAGAAAUGAAUAUAGACUCUUCACCUGGCCCCGACGAAAUACCCGUACAUGUUUUAAAGAACUGCGGAAUUGAUAGUUACCUAGCAUCAGUAAUACAAAAAUCAUACGACAAAGGAGUUUUGCCCUAUUUAUGGAAAACGGCUUUAGUGACUCCUGUUUACAAAAAGGGAAACAAAUUAGAUCCUGCAAAUUAUAGACCGAUAAGCUUAACUAGUGUGGUGUGCAAAGUCAUGGAAAAGAUAAUAGUUAACCCUUUAUAA